AUGUCUUCCGGCAAGGGGGAUUCCCCGAUGGACCUUCCAGAUGGAGAGAACCAGUCUACAACGCCGGCACUGACGAAAUCUGCCGAGGCCGGCAUUAUUCCUGAAGAAGUGACGGCCCAAGGCGGCUCGGGCAAACAACGAGUGGCGAUCAUCCUUUUAGGGCUCGGACUCAAUGUGUUUCUCGCUGCACUGGAUAUCGUAAGUCUGCCUAUCUUGAAUCUGAAUAAUGUGUUUGAAGACGAAAAGGCUAAGGGGGAGAAAAAAAAGACGAUCGUCUCCACCGCAUUGCCCAAGAUCAUUGCCGACUUCAACGCUUCCGACUCGGCAUAUGCGUGGAUCGCCUCGGCCUAUUUACUGGCCAACGCAUCAUUUGUCGCCCUAUGGGGUCGAGUUAGUGAUAUCUGGGGCCGAAAGCCUAUUCUUACUCUCUCCAUCGUGCUGUUCCUUGGCGGAAGUUUAAUUUGUGGACUGGCAAUUCAUGUCUCCAUGUUAAUUGCCGGCCGUACAUUGCAAGGAGUGGGAAGCGGCGGCAUCACCGUCCUUGCCAAUGUCUGCGUCUCAGACUUGUUCGACGUACAACGCCGGGCGGCUUAUCUAGGCAUUUUUGGUGCGACCUGGGCUAUCGCGGGAGCUGUAGGUCCGGUCAUCGGUGGUGCUUUUACCUCCUAUGUGACUUGGCGAUGGUGCUUUUAUAUCAACCUGCCAGUGGGCGGCGUGGCAUUAUUAUUCCUCGUCUUCUUCCUGAGGGUGGACUCGAAUCGGAAGUCUUUGCGGGACGGCUUGGCCGCUAUCGAUUGGACUGGUAUCUGCCUUCUCAUCGGCGCAAUUCUCAUGCUCCUCAUUGGACUCGAAUUCGGAGGUGACCAGUAUCCCUGGGCGUCAGCUACCGUGAUUUGCUUGAUCGUCUUUGGGAUUGUGGCUCUGAUCCUAUUUGGGGUAAAUGAGUGGUUCUCUCCUGUGCCCAUCAUUCCGCCAGCCGUGUUCAACAGCUGGCAGAACAUCAUUCUCCUCUUGGUGAACUUCUUUCACGGCGCGGUCUUCAUUGGUGGGUGCUUUUACUUGCCAGUAUAUUUCCAGAAUAUCCUCCUGGAAAGUUCCAUCAUGAGCGGAGUUUUGCUUUUGCCCUUGGUCGGGGCACUCGCGGCAUCAUCAGGCCUAGCUGGAUGGUAUAUGCGAGCAACGGGACGGUUCCGCGAGGUGAUCAUCUUUGGUAUGUUUUUCACCACUCUCGGGUAUGGUCUUUACCUAGAUCUGAAGCCGUAUCACUCGUGGGCUCGCAUCGUCCUGUAUCAAAUGAUUGCCGGCGUUGGACUGGGUCCAAAUUUCCAAGCCACCCUCAUUGCACUUCAGGCAAAUGUCGACCCCUCAGAAAUGAGUACAGCCACUGCAGCCUUUUCCCUUGUUAGACAAAUGGCUGCUUCAAUCUCAGUGGUUAUCGGAACGGUCAUUUAUAACCACGGGGUACAACUUCACGAGAAUGCCUUGGCUGCGGCGGUGGGGUCUUCCCUAGCUGCAGAGAUCACUGCUGCAUCUACAGCCACUUCUAGCCUAACGAAAAAUCUGCCCACUGAUGAAAAAAAUGCGGUUCUCCGCAUUGUUAAUGAGGGUAUUUGGUAUGUUUGGCUACUUUAUACCUGCCUGUCGGGAGCCGGUUUGGUCAUAACCUGUCUUUUAAAGAACCUGAAACUUCAAGUUACAUCUUAA